AUGCCGUCUCGAUCUGAACGUCAAUUGCCUAUCCCCCCGGUCUCGAGUUCUGGCACCGCCGCCAUCCCUCUCCGCCCUUCACAACACACUGGAUUGGAAAGUAGCACACGCCGCCCAGUUCGGCCUCGAGAUGCUCCAAAUAUGGCCCCGAUAAGUGGCAGCGCGCCGAAGAGCUCAUAUCACCCAGGACACACACGCUCCAUCAGUAAUCCGUUCGCGGGAUUUGGUCGAAAGCGAGACAAGGCUCCCCUCAAGCCGGAGACAUGGGACUCGGACGAUGAUGACGAUGACGACGACCUGAACCUUCCCCAAGAACCCCAGGCGACGAGUCCGCGGAAAGGUGGUAAUCGUGCGGGAUCUGCAAAUGAUCUCGCCGAGGGAAAAUGCCAAACUUGCGAUGCUACUAUUCGGUGGCCUCGACAUCUGAAUGUGUUCAGGUGCACCGACUGCCUGAUGGUAACAGACAUGGGACCAGAAGCAUCGGAAUCAAAAGACUUGGAUGGUCAUAGCCGGAGAACCCCUCAAGGAUCUCAACGUGAACCGUCCAAGUUAGCUAGUAAAGUGCUUCCAUUGUCUGCCAACCAGACCCGGGGUAUGGUUGGUGGUUGUCUCAACAUGUAUUUCGAUUCUCUUUUGGACAAUGGCUCUCGGUCAUGGGUGUCGCUGGACGACGAAAAAUAUGAAAAGCCGCUGCCAGAUCUACCGCCAUUGCAACCUCAUGAAUCCGGACCCAACCACUUGGCCAUCCCAUCCGGUGGGAGUCAUCAAAACCGCAGCACUUCUCAAUCUAGUGGACGAGAGCAAGACAUGUCCCCAAAGGACAACAUAGCUUGUUCGGCACCACAGGCUAUUCGGUGGGAGGGCGAUGGGCCACAUGCCAGAGCUCGUGCCAAUUCUGACUUCAACUCUCCAACAAAACCUGAUCCUCGGCCACAGGCAAGCACACAAACCGAGAAAUUGUCACCACCUAACCGUGCUACUCGACAAUAUAUCUUCGAAGGGCUGGAAAACAGUAUUAUCAAUGCUUUCAAGGGCUGUGACUGCCUCAAUGAAUCUUUCACUACACAUCCGCCUCCCCGAUCAGCCCGAUCAGCCAGCAGUGGUAACCCUCCGAGAAUGAGGAUGGAAUCAAUCACAAUGCCCGAGCCGGCAGCAGAUGCGCCUGUCUUCGAACCCGAUGCCAAAACUUUGCUUUUAGGUGAUUUGUCAGAGAACUCGGCUUGGUGGAUGAAUGAAUGGGCAGAGGCUGAAGGUCAGAACCCAUCUUACACAAAGGAGAAAACUAGCCCUUCGAAGUCUCGAAUGGUAUCAUCGCGAAGUCCUCGAAUCAACUGGGCAGAGGUAAGCCAAUGGUAUCACUCGGUAUUGUCUGCAGGAAGCUCCUGGUCAGACCAAUGGACAGCCAAAAAGCCCGAUCCAACACGCUCAGAGGCGGAUUUGAUUAGAGCCAAAAGAUGGGCGGCUAUUGAUCCGACCAUUAUCGGGAAAAAAGUCACCGAAUCUCGUUCCCACUUGCAGCGAACACUCUUGAAAGCCACUGAGAACCUUCUCAAGCGCCCGCGGCGUGUGUUGAAGCGGCCGGAGGAUACAAGGUUUCUGUUUAUCUUGUUGGCGAACCCCAUCUUAUCUUCACCUACAUCCUACCCACAGCACCCAAUGCCCUCGACGUCACACCGGGAGGAAAGGCGUCCAUCACACCCAAAAGACAGCCUCAAGCCGCCAACUCGAGAUGUUAAAACCUCGCACAAAGAGCCACCUAAGGCUCCUGCUCGCCAAGAGAGCCCCAAUCACCACUAUGGGCUCAUCAAACGAAUCUUAGGACUCAUGUCCAACUUGCCAAAUGACUGUCACCACUACCUUGUGUCCUGGGCCUCACGGUUCUCCGUGCGACAUUUAGAACGAUUGGUGGAAUUAGUUGGCGGGUUUCUUGCAUAUCGUUUGAGCCGCCAGCAUGGGCGAAAACGCCCGGAGAAGCCCCAGAGUGGAGAUGAUUUAAUCCCAAGCUUUGCCAGUGCCUCGGGAAAUACACCGGCCGAGCUCCAUGCUGCUCUCAAUCGAAGAAGUCCGGGCAAAAAGCCCGCCAAAACGACAGAAGCCCCCAUCAUCUACACGGAAGACUGGCAAAUUAGAGCGGCAGCCAGAGUCAUGUCUCUGCUCUUCACGGCGAAUACAUCCUCUGCAACAAAGAAGUCUGAUGGGUCUCCGCGCAGCCUUGAAUCGCCUAAGAACCCAGGGCCUUGCCAAGGCCACAUGGUUCCUAUCAGUACAUUCUACAGCACGUUGCUUGACUACUCGGACCUCGUGGCCGAUUUUGAGACUUGGGAGUCAAAGAGCUCCAAGUUCUCGUUCUGCCAGUAUCCAUUCUUGCUCAGCAUUUGGUCCAAAAUCCAUAUCAUGGAACAUGACGCACGUCGUCAGAUGGAAGCAAAGGCACGAGACGCUUUCUUCGAUAGUGUCCUUGGACACAGAGCCGUCAGCCAAUAUCUUGUGUUGAAGGUACGGCGUGAAUGUCUGGUUGAUGACAGCUUGAAGGGGGUUAGUGCGGUUGUUGGUACCGGGCAAGAGGAGAUUAAAAAGGGACUUAGGAUUGAGUUCUUAGGCGAAGAAGGCAUUGAUGCCGGUGGAUUGCGAAAGGAGUGGUUCCUUUUGCUUGUCCGGGAAGUUUUUGACCCCCAUCACGGUCUAUUCGUCUACGAUGAUGACUCACAAUACUGUUACUUCAACCCAUAUUGUUUCGAGUCGUCCGAGCAAUUCUUCCUGGUUGGAGUUCUUUUGGGACUUGCCAUCUAUAACUCCACUAUUCUCGAUAUUGACCUUCCACCAUUUGCGUUCAAAAAACUGUUGGCAUCGGCGCCCUAUAGUGGUGGUAUCCAAACUACUCCACGUUCAAGCUUCAAAUGCACAUUGGAAGAUCUGGCCGAAUACCGACCAGUCCUCGCAAAGGGACUCCGGGGUUUGUUGGAAUUUGAAGGGGACGUUGCAGAUACCUUUUGCUACGACUUUGUCGCCCAGGUCGACCGCUACGGCGAAGUCGUCAAUGUGCCUCUCUGCCCCAAUGGCGAAAAUCGUCCAGUGACCAAUUCCAAUCGUCGCGAGUUUGCUGACAUGUACGUCGGUUAUCUUCUCGACACAGCCGUGGCUCGACAAUUCGAACCCUUCAAAAGAGGCUUCUUUACAGUGUGUGGUGGCAACGCACUGUCUCUUUUCCGACCAGAAGAGAUUGAACUUCUGAUCCGUGGCUCAGACGAGCCACUCGAUGUAAACUCUCUCCGGGCCGUGGCCACCUACGACAACUGGUCCCAUCCACGACCAGAUUCUGUUCCUGUGGUGCGGUGGUUCUGGGAGUUCUUUGAAAAUUCGCUGCCCCAUGCGCAGCGCAAGAUCCUGUCCUUCAUCACGGGCAGUGAUCGAAUCCCAGCAAUGGGCGCUACAAGCCUUAAUAUCCGGCUUGCCUGUCUUGGCGAUGAAACUAGUCGCUACCCAAUUGCGCGCACGUGUUUCAACACGCUGGGUCUGUACCGUUAUUCCUCUCGUGAAAAAUUCCAGCAAAUGCUCUGGGAUGCUGUCGUCAACAGUGAAGGAUUUGGUCUGAAGUGA